AUGGACUUUCUGUCGCUGGACCCGUCGGUGGACCCCGAAAUCUCGCGGAACCCGCAGAGCCGGCUGGUUCUCAAUGGAACGGGAAGCCUGGUGAGUCGGAACUGCGCGACGAAUCUGCAGGUGAAGAUGGACGGAUUCAGUCUGGACACGAAUCACAUCUUGUUUAAAAGUCGCUUGUAUUCGUUUUUGUUUGUGUUGGUGUCGUUUAUGGAAUGUUUUGUCUAUAUCCAAACCAUGCAGAGCAUGUUAUUCACUUCCACACACACCGCAUCGAUGCUCUCUGUCACGAUGCUGGCUGCCAUUGAUGUGCUGGUGGCUAUGUCGCACAGCUUGCUCGGUGUCUUUUUCUUAGGCCUCUUUUCAUCUCUUUAUUUCGUUUCUUUCCACAAAUUCUUCCUCUUUUCGGUCAUCGAGAUGCGAAUGCUCUUCAUUAUUUGGAGAUCCUAUCAUCCCGAGAUCAACGCAAACAAUUAUCUGCAGUACCAGAAACAGUUAUCCUGCCUCUUUAUCUGUCUCUACAUGUUCAUCAUCAUUACCCUAAUCUCUAUCUACUCCCAGCACAACACUUCCUAUUACCUGAUCUUCCUCGUCUAUUCCUUCUGGGUGCCUCAGAUUUGUCGUUCUCUCUCUCUAGGACACAGACCUCCGCUCACUAUCAAGCAGAUUUUGUGGAUCACCGGCCUUAAGCUCUUUUUGCCUCUUUAUCUGUUUUUCUGCCCCUAUAACAUGGUACGAAUGUUCACGACUGUGCCAAUUCCGCUUGGUUUUGGAUUCAAGCUGGUCGGCUGGGUGAUCAUUCAGACAGCCUUGCUGAUCGUUCAGAGAGUGUAUAACCCGUAUAAGAUUCUCCCGCCAAUUUUGCGUCCAAAGAAGUACGACUACCACGCGAUUCCUACGACUGUAUAUGAUGUUGGACUUGAUUCGGAUUGUGCUAUUUGCAUGAAUCCAAUUGACUAUAACAAUAACGAGUCGUUUAUGAUUACUCCCUGUAACCAUGCGUUCCACACGGAUUGCUUGAACAAGUGGAUGGAUGUGAAGUUGGAAUGUCCCACUUGCCGGACUGCUAUUCCAGAUGUCCGCUAUAUUUAG